AUGGGUUUCCUGUGUUUCGUCACGUUAUUGAGCUUGGUGUCCGCUUUGGAGACUCUUGUUGAACAGUUUACAUGCUCGAGUGGGUGUCAGAGCACUUGCAUAGCCAAUUACACGUGUUCAUCUUCAUGUAAGACUGGAUACGACCAAACAGAUUCUUCUUGUCUCACGUGUGUUCCUUACUUUGCAGACGGCAAUACAACACAACUCUACAUCCCAUCCAGUGAUGGCUGUAUUUCUGCAUCUACUGUUAUUCUUCAGGAAAGCAGUUGGCUUCCAUCUGCGUCACACGUUGAAACACUAACAAACACGUCGUCUGUGACACUUACACUUACUAAGACAACAACAGUUUAUAAAGGAAUCUGCCCAAAUAAAGUCCGGUAUAGAAGUGGUCAAUGGUACAAAUUACAUGCUCCUGAUUAUGAGAAAGAUGGGUAUGAAUUCACAAUUUUUAAAGUCAUCAAGUCGAAGAAGACAACAAACAAAAUUUACAUUGAGACGAGUUUGUCGAUGUCCACUGAUUCGGGUGAAUGCGGUGGGAGAAUAUACAUCCCCGGGGAUACACUAGAAGCUUCUCUUCGUGUCCCAAUUUUGUUCAGUGAAUCAAACACUGAAAAAAUGGUUUAUAUCUUUAUAAGUAUAGAAGGUGCUGAGGAAGUCACACUCACUGUUCAAGUUGUGAAAGAUGACACAAUCGGUCUUGUGCCAAUAGUCACUUUCGAUCAAGCAAAGAUGGAAGAACUUUUCAAUUCAAAAACAAAAACAUUAGAAGUGACAUUUCCAUUCACGAGAUAUGGUAAGUUUGGGUAUUCCUUCUGCGCUCCAACGCUUAUGGUAGCUUAUAUCACCUUUGGUGUUAAUUUUAAAGGAAAUUACUCGCUAUUGAUUGAUACCAAAAAACAAAAUAGACUGAUAUAUUUACAGGAAUUUGUUGUUGAUGACCCAGACACAAACAUCGGGAGGUGCAACAACAUUUGGGUUGGGAAGGAAUAUGGCGUACAGAGCAAAGCUGGUGUUGGGAUGGGAAUUAAAACAAAAAUCGAACAAAACGUUAACAAUGAAGUUCGGUACUUAGACUUACAAACACAAGAACCAAACACGGACAUCCAAGUUGUAUUUAAAGUGAUUUGUGCGAACAAUUGUGGAAUGUCCGAACAACAUGGGUAUUGUUCCACUGACGAAGGGAAGUGUGUCUGUGCUGAUAAAUAUGGGGGUGAUGAUUGCCAUUUGAAAUGUUAUUAUAAUGGCCAAUGGCAAGUGCCGAACCACUCCAAUUUAUGUAAAUUUGGGUCUUUGCAUUGUGAUCAAUAUUGUGGAUGUGAAGAGGGGUAUACACUUGAAAAUGAAGAGUGUGUGUCAAAUGUAUGUUUGUCUAAUUCCAAAUUAGAAGAUGAAGAAUGUAUUAGAGGAAGUGAAGGGUGCCUACAUACAUGUAGAUGUAUGACUGACUAUGGGUUUUCUGCCAAAAACGGCCAAUGUGUAUCUGAUAAAUGUGGCAAUGGGGUCUUGGAUCAAAUAAGUGGUGCAAAUGGCUAUAUACGAACAGAAGAAUGCGAUAACAACACAAAUUGCAAUGAGUUUUGUUAUUGUUUAGAAGGAUUUGAAGCGGACAAAAACAAUUACGGAGGAUGUAAAAGGAAAGAUUACAUCUUGACUGUUGUUCUUCCUGUAGUUGGAGGAGCAGUUUUAGUUCUUAUAGUUAUAGUUGUCAUCUUCAUCUUUGUUAUUCGGAUUGUUACAAAGAAUAAAAGAGUGGAUUUUGAUACACUAAAAAAACAACAACCGUCGUACCACUUUUACAUUCAAGGUGCAGCACAAAAGAUGCCCUCUCGAGAAAACAAAUACAUUGUGCGUCCACUCAGUUUGGACUUUGGUACUGAAAAUGCAGUGACUGAUGUUGGAGAGACGCGCUUUGAGCGUAUGGACAUCAAGAAUUACUCGAAAAACAAAUAUAUGAUGGUCAUAUUCCAUACUCCAAAUAACCCAAAAUAUGUGUUUCACUUUGAACCACAAGUUUUAUAUGCAGCACCCCGUUUAGGGACAAGAGAGUGUGUCGUUUACAUGACUUUAAAAUGCACAACAAAAGUCAAAGAAAUGAAAAUUCCAUUCACUGUGUGGUUUAGUAAAUCAAAAAAAACGCUCCAGCAGAUCGCAAACGUUCUUCUCGACAAGACGUUUGAAACUUUCAGUACUGAAGACAAAGCAACGAUGCAAGAAUUGUGUAAAAAUGUUCAACACCACACGUACUACAAAUUGAAUAUUCAAACAGACGCUGCAAGUUCAACACAUUUAGACAUGGACGAGUUAAACGUAUCAGAGAAAGCUUUUGCCGAGGGUGCGAACGGCAAGAUCUGUAUUGGGAAAUACAGAAGUGUUCCUGUUGCCGUCAAGCAAUUCGAUUGGGACAAUUUGACGGAAGAAGAGAUGGAUGACUUAAAGAAAAAUGUCAUUCAAGAAUGUAAUAUGAUGAGUAAAUUGCGCAACCCUUUCAUCGCAAAUUAUAUGGGGUCUGUGACUUAUCUUCCCCAAGUCUCAAUGGUUAUACAAUUCUUUGUUUUGGGCUCGUUAGGAGAAUACUUGCGCCUAGAAAAUGGGGACAACAGAAUGCGACUUCCUUACAAACUGAAAAUCAGAAUGUUGUUUGAUACGGCGAGGGGAAUGCAAUUUUUGCAUGAAAACCAAAUUCUUCACUUGGACUUAAAGCCAGACAAUUUACUUGUCAAUUCCUUAUUCACUGAGUCUGCUUGUUGCAUCAAAAUCACUGACUUUGGAACAUCACGAUUCACUCAAAGAGGAAAAGGUAUUAGUGAAAAGGGUCUUGGAACGCCGAUAUACGCGUCUCCAGAGUCCUUUAAAGAUGUGUAUACAUCAGCUGGAGACGUCUAUUCAUUUGCCAUCACUGCAUGGGAAGUCUUUUAUCAACGAGAGCCCUACAACGACUUUAAGUCUCUAUUUGAAAUUAAAGAAUAUGUCACCAACGGAAAGCGGCUUGCGAUAGACGAGACGAUGCCAUUAAAAUUGUCCUCGAUAAUACAAAAGUGUUGGAAUCAGGCCACAACAGAACGUCCCAAAUUCGAUGAGAUCUCCACUGGUUUUGUACAAGUUGCAGAGGAGGCUCUGAAUUGUGAAUAUUUGGAUGCUGGAAUUAACCCUGAUGACUUGCAAUGUUUAAUCGCUUCAAGAAAUAAGAGAUUAACUGACCAACUUAACGAAAUCGGAACCGAGUAA